AAGAAGUAACCAAUCAAAUAACAAUCACCUGCUAACUAUUUUAAAAAUUUUUUAUUCUUAUUCUUAUACUUGUAUAGUUAUCAAAAUGGCCGCAGUUUAGUUUGCAAAGGUACUACUCUCUUUGCUGUUUGCCAAUGGCUCAGUAAUAAUUAACAAAAUAUUGUGCGUUUAUGAGAGUGACAAUAUACUAAUCGUAUGAAUAUUGAUUGAUAUACAUAUAAAAUUAAAUCGUAUAAUCAUUUCCAAAUCUGAUUUAUCACAAAUUGUGACUGGAUUAUGUUGCGGCAUCAUCAUUCAAUGCAAAAUCAGUUACGAGAUCAAAGCAGAAUGGUUGGCCCAACUCGUCAAAUGUCACAAGGGAAUAUGAUGCCGCCACAUCAACCACAGCCACAUAUGCAUUUACAUCGUGGUAUCCAUGCUCCACAACAAAUUAUUUCUAUUGCUGGACAUCAAGCAAUGCACGCACAUCUUCCACAUUCCGGACCUCGACAACCUCUCAUUAUUGGUGCAAAUUCACAAAGUCCAAAUGGAUUUCGACUCAUAUUAACUCUGAUCUUCCUGAGUGCCUUUCUAAUUGAUGUGGAAGGUAAAAAACAUCAACCAAAUUUACCGUAUAGUAUUGAAAAUUUGGACCUGUUGUUUGGGCCAACGGGAUGCAUCGAAGGCACGAUGGUAAGCAUCAGCGUGAAUAGACAGUCAGAUGCAGCUGUUCCAGUCAGUCAAACGGUUGUACAGUAUCAAUAUCAAGGUAAUAUGCAACAAGUAAAUUCACCUCAUCAACCACAACAACAGCAGCAGCCGCAACAAAAACAACAACAACAACCAAGUUCAGGUGAAAAUAAAUCACCAACUCGUGAUGGAAGCAGAGAAUCUCGAAAUCACAGUCCGUCUAAUCAAAAUCACGCAAAUGCUACAAAUACAAAUUUGGCAAACAUGAAAGAGAAAACACCGAUGUGCUUGGUAAAUGAACUAGCACGAUUUAAUAAAAUUCAACAUCAAUAUAGACUCACUAAUGAACAAGGACCAGCGCAUAAAAAGAGGUUUACUGUAACCUUAAAAUUAGGGGAAGAAGAAUAUGUUGCUGAUGGUCCAAGUAUUAAGAAAGCUCAACACAGUGCAGCGACAGAAGCACUCACUAAAACAUUGUAUAUACAACCACCACCAAAACCUAGAUCUAUACGAAUCGGCCACUCAACAAAAAGCCAAACUGGCUGUGGUAAUUAUACAAGUCAUUUACCACCGACUGUUGAGUUAAAUGCAUUAGCUAUGAAACGCGGUGAACCAACAACUUAUACAUAUAAACAUGCACCUUCACCACCAAAUAUACCUUUCAAUAAUCUACCAGACCCUCGGAUGUUUAAUCCGAAUUUUCCUCGUAAUAUAAACCAUCGUUUUUUUCACACAAAACCUGAAGGUCUUUACGUAGUCACACUUAAAGUUGGUGAGCGUGAAUUUAUAGGACAAGGUGUAACUGGUCAAGCAGCUCGACAUGAUGCAGCAAGCCGAGCUUUAGAACAAUUACGGCAGCUACCAUUGCCUGAAGAGAUAACAUCAACUACCACUAAUGAAAAUGGUGCGAGUCCAGGCAUUGAAGAUUUCAAUGCUGAACUUAAAAGUCCAGUCUCUUUGGUACAUGAGACAGCAUUAAAGAGAGGACUAUCGGUCAGCUUUGAGGUUGUAUCUGAGAGUGGUAAACCACAUAUUCGUAUAUUCAAAACAAAAUGCUCUGUUGGAGAUACUGUUACUCAUGGUGAAGGUUCUUCGAAAAAAGUAUCGAAAAAACGAGCAGCCGAACUUAUGCUUGAAGAAUUAAAAAGACUUCCUCCUUUGCCUACAACGGUACAAUGUCGGCCAAUCCGUAUGAAACGUAAACCUCCCGCUACUAAAAAAAAAUCGCGGAACCUCAUAAAAGAUUAUCAAGAGCCACGAUCUGAUUCUGAAAUUGCCGAUGAAGUUAAUCCUAUUUCGCGUCUCGUUCAAAUACAACAGGCUCAAAAAAAACCAGAGCCAAUUUACACGUUAAUUGAAGAAAAAGGUGCACCCAGACGUCGUGAAUUUCUUAUGGAAGUAUCUAUCGGAAAUAUUUCGGCACGAGGAAUCGGACCAAAUAAAAAACUUGGUAAACGAGCUGCAGCUGAAGCACUUUUAACCAAACUUGGAUACAGUAAGCCUGAUGUUCAACCAAUUAAAUCGUCUAUUAAAACAGCUGACAGUGAAAAUUCAAAUACUGAAAGUAAACCGAGGAAAGUAACUUUCCUUGAAGAUGAUAAACAACACCAAAAUGAAACUCCGAGUCAUCCAGUUGGCGGUACAAUUGGCCGUCAAUUAGUUCCAGGUUUACUUCUAGUUGAUGGUGGUCAAGAAAAUAAAGUUAAUAGUGGUCCAAGUGUUCAAGUUGUCGCUGAAGAAUUACGAGAGCAGCAGCAGAGUAAUACCUCUGGUAUAUCUCCAAAAGAGCAGUUAAAAUAUUUAGCUCAACUUCUUAACUUUGAUGUUGAAUUCAGUGAUUUUCCAAAGGGUGUAUACAAGGAGUAUUUAUCAUUGGUCUCACUCAGUACUGAUCCACCUCAAGUUUGUCAUGGUCAUGGUCCAACGACAAGUGCAAGUAGAGAUCAAGCCGCUCUUACUGCUUUACGCACUCUUAGUAAACUUGGAUUAGAUAGUGUUACAAAUACACAAAAAAAAGAACAACCUGCCUCAAGUGAGCAGACUAAAAAUCAAGCGAAGAAUAAUAUUAUUAAUCAAGCGAUCGAUAAGUAACAUUGAUUGGUAAAACUGAAUUACGACAUAUUUCAUUUUUUCCAAUCUAAAGGUACUUUUUGCUUUGUAUAUUAUAGUAGAAAUCCUACAAAUUCGACUUGGAAAGAGAGAGAGAGAGAGGAAAAUCUAUUUUCGUUAGAAUUUUUUUUUUACUCGUUUACUAGUACACGAUCAAAAUAAGACGAGAUAGCUUUCCCUCUCUGCUUUUCGUAGUCAAAUUUAUGGAAGUUCUCUUGUAUACCAGUCAUAAAGCGUGUUUUUUAAACUUUUUUUUUAAGUUUUUUAUGUUAUUUUUUUGUUUUUAUGUUUUUUUUUUGUCUUAAAUACAUUGAAUUGCUGACAUAGAAGCAAGAAACUAACAGUAGUAAUGAUCGCUUGAAACCAUUAUCGAAUCGCGUUUAUAAUUUACUCGCAGUAUUAUUGCCCUUGCGGAAUACACUUUUAACGAAAAUAAUUUGAGAAUUUCUUUUUAUUAUUAUGAUUACUAUUUACUGUGGUUAGUUUUUUUUUUCGUUUUAUUCAAAUGAUAAUCUUGGCUUGUCUUCCGUUUGGGCAAAGUAACACGACGAAAUUACAAAUAAAAUGUCGUUUAAAAUUUUAUUUAUCAAACACGAUCGAACUAAACAAACUAAAUAAUAUCUCAGACAAAAUUGCGGCCAUUCCCUCAAUUUCAUUUAAUUGCUUGUUCUUAACUUCCAAUUCAUAGUAGAUCUUAUUCUUCCUUUCAUUAGUACAACCUUUAAUUAAUUUUGAUCUUUUGUAUUUUUAUUU